AAUUAUUGCUUUCUUUCUCUGGCACACGCAGUUCCACCGAUCACGGAAAAAUUUGCCUUUGGUCGUAAAAUUUCGAAUUUCUUUAAAAAAAAAAAGAAAAGAAAUUUACCUCAACACGUGAAAUAACUUUAUACGUGAUUAAAUCGUUUUUUCAAUUCGCUGCCAACUAAAAGUGAUCAUUAAAAAUGUCUUCUGCUAAGAAACGCGAUGCUCAACGCAAAAAGGAUGCUCGCAACAAGAAAAUUGCACAAACUUCAUCUUCGUCUAAGGGAAUAACAAAGGCAAAUGGAACUAACGGAACCGUCGAAAUGACCGAAGAGGAGAAGCUAUGCGCAAAAUUAGAAGAGGAAGCAAGAAUAAGUGCAGAAGCAAGAUCAUGCACUGGCUCAUUGGCUGUCCAUCCAAGAUCGAGGGAUGUGAAAAUUGCCAACUUUUCCAUCACCUUCUUUGGGUCGGAACUUCUGCAAGACACUAUGUUGGAGUUGAAUUGUGGCCGACGAUAUGGUCUUAUUGGUUUGAACGGAUGUGGAAAGUCAUCACUCCUGUCUUGUCUUGGCAAUCGUGAAGUUCCAAUUCCCGAACACAUUGAUAUAUUUCAUUUAACACGUGAAAUUCCGGCUAGUUCGAAGAGUGCCCUCCAAUGUGUCAUGGAAGUAGAUGAGGAGCGUAUUAAGUUAGAAAAAUUGGCCGAAGAGCUGGCCUCAAGUGAAGAGGACGACGCACAAGAGCAGCUUAUCGAUAUCUAUGAACGAUUAGAUGACAUGGCAGCUGAUUGUGCUGAGGCCAAAGCCGCUCGAAUUCUGCACGGUUUGGGAUUCGAUAAAGAUAUGCAGGCCAAACAGGCUAAAGACUUUUCCGGAGGAUGGCGUAUGCGAAUCGCUUUGGCAAGGGCAUUGUUUGUGAAACCCCAUUUGCUUCUGCUGGAUGAGCCUACAAACCAUUUGGAUUUGGAAGCGUGUGUGUGGCUUGAGCAGGAACUCAAGGAGUACAAACGUAUAUUGGUAUUGAUAUCACAUUCACAAGAUUUCCUCAAUGGAGUCUGUACAAACAUUGUUCAUUUGACAAAGAAACGUCUAAAGUAUUAUACUGGUAAUUAUGAAGCCUUCGUUAGGACAAGAAUGGAACUUUUGGAAAAUCAAAUGAAACAAUACAACUGGGAACAAGAUCAAAUCUCUCACAUGAAGAACUAUAUUGCUCGGUUUGGUCACGGUUCGGCAAAAUUGGCUCGUCAAGCACAAUCUAAGGAAAAGACUUUAGCUAAGAUGGUCGCACAAGGUUUAACUGAAAAGGUCACCGAUGAUAAAAUUUUGAAUUUCUACUUUCCUUCUUGCGGUACAGUACCACCGCCAGUAAUUAUGGUUCAGAAUGUCCACUUCCGUUAUAGUGACACCACACCAUGGAUCUAUAAAAAUCUUGAAUUUGGUAUUGAUUUAGACACAAGAUUGGCUUUGGUCGGUCCUAAUGGUGCUGGUAAGAGUACACUAUUGAAGCUUUUAUAUGGUGAUUUAGUGCCCAGUUCGGGAAUGAUUCGUAAGAAUUCCCAUUUGCGUAUUGCCCGUUAUCACCAGCACUUGCACGAGCUGUUAGAUUUGGAUCUUAGCCCCUUAGAAUAUAUGAUGAAAGCCUUCCCUGCCGUUAAGGAAAAAGAAGAAAUGCGAAAAAUUAUCGGACGUUAUGGCUUGACCGGCCGCCAGCAGGUAUGCCCAAUUCGACAGCUAUCCGAUGGCCAACGUUGUAGAGUAGUGUUUGCGUGGUUGGCGUGGCAAGUGCCUCAUUUGCUAUUGCUUGACGAACCUACCAAUCAUUUGGAUAUGGAAACUAUCGAUGCGUUAGCGGACGCCAUCAAUGAUUUUGACGGUGGAAUGGUGCUAGUUAGUCACGAUUUCCGUCUUAUUAACCAGGUUGCUGAAGAAAUUUGGGUGUGUGAAAAGGAAACAGUUACCAAAUGGAAUGGUGGUAUUUUGGAUUAUAAGGAUCAUUUGAAAAAUAAUAUCAACAAAGAUAAUAAAGAUAAAGAUGCCGCGAAGAAGAAAUAAUUCGAUUAAGUUUAAUAAUAUUGAAGUAACUAUAUUUUUACAAAAACAUCGGCUAAUGAGAACUAAAUUUGCUGAUUGUGAUUCUUUAUUCAAAUUACCUUACCAUUACACUUACCGAUUAAACAAAAACCGAUAUUAGCAGUAACAAAGGAAACCUUCAUCUCAAACAAAUUAAUAUUGCUUGGAUCUGUUGUAACUAAUGAAAUAACAGGAAAUGAUUUUAUUUAUUAUUUUGAAGUUGAAUACAAUAAAUUUACCAAUAGACAAAUUA